AUGGCCAGCACCUUGGAAGAAAACACCCUUGAAAAGGAUUUCAGGAUCUUAACAUCUCUUGGCUCUGGUGGAUUUGGGGAGGUGAAGCUUGCCUGCCACAUUCCUACAUGUACACAGGUGGCUGUCAAGGUUCUGGAGAAGAAAAAGAAUACUCUGACUAGCAUCAACACUGAAGUAGAGAUACUUCAAUCUGUGGAACACAGAAACAUAGUUAAUUUCUUUCAUGUUAUUGACACAAGUUCAACAACAUUUGUGAUAAUGGAGUAUAUUGCAGGAAAGGACCUGAAAUAUUUCCUCAGAGGGAAAAGCAUUCUAAAGGAGGAUGAGGUCAGACCAAUAUUUCAACAGGUCGUAUCAGGAGUUCAUUUUCUCCACCAAAACCGAAUUGCCCAUCGUGAUAUUAAAUUGGAAAAUAUCCUUAUUGACAGAGCUGGCAAUAUCAAGCUUUGUGACUUUGGUAUGGCCAGGCAGCUGGCAGAGGGGCAGAUGAUGGUGAAGGUCUGUGGUACCUUGCGCUAUUUGGCUCCAGAGAUUUUGGCAAGGAAACCCUAUGAUGGCCUGGUGGGGGACAUGUGGAGCUUGGGUGUCCUCCUCUAUGUACUGGUCACAGGAAAAUUUCCAUAUGUAGAAUCAACCUUUUAUGGUAUGUACAAGGUCAUCACUACCACAAAGUAUCCCAUUCCAUACUACUUGUCUGAACCCUGUCUAACCAUCAUUGAACAAUUACUUACAGUCCCCACCCAAAACAGGAUAACAAUAUGUCAGCUCCAGGAAAGCGAAUGGCUGGGCAACAUAAAACAACCUGAACCACCUGCAACUAAGGAACUCCUUCCUAGGGUCGUGGAGGCCAUGUGCACCAUGGGAUAUACCUGUGAAGACAUUGUAUCAACCAUAAAACACAGGCAACCAAGUAAUUUAACAGCAACCUUCAAUAUCCUCAAAUACAAACUGAGCUGUGGGGACAGCCUUCAGCAGAAUCAGAAGCCCUGGUUAAAUGGAAGUCAUAUAGGUUCUCCUCGCCUCCUUCUCCCCUUGAAGAGGAGAGCCAGUAUCCCAGCCUUCCCACCAAGUACAGAAGAAGGGAAGAGACAUUUUCAUGAGGAGGGUGUGGAAGGAAGAGCUAGGAGAUGCCAAAGCUACAAAAUGCUCAACAGUAACUCAUGCCAGAAAAUAAAGCCCUGUUCAGAUGGAACUGUCUCCCAAGCAGAUGUCCGGAUGGCUAAUGUCAUCAACAGUACUCCAGCACUCAUUGCAAUCAAGAUGAAUUCUGUGGAGAGCCUGCCUAGUGAUCUCUCCUCAGGUGAAUCAGUCCCAGAUGGAACACGCACCAGGUUUCUGAACAUGGACUUCUCCACAGAGGAACCAUUCAUGGGACACAACAUGCCCAAUGACCAGCACAAGGUUCAAACUACAUCCUUGGGAUCCAGGCCAAUAAGAGGCUGGAAGUUGAGGAAGAAGAGAAUUUCCCAUGCACUGAGAGCACUGUUUUCCUGCUCCAUGCCCACUGCAUUGUGA